AUGAAGAUUAAGUCUGGAAAUGGACAGAUAAAAUGUGAUGGAGAUUUCAGUUCUCGAGUUUACGACAAGUAUGAAGAGUAUAUUGAAGGAUUAACUAGUUCUACCACAACAGGGUUUGGAAUAGAACUGGGUCGAUCUGUCUCAGGCAGCAUCUCAAGAAACGGUACAAAAGCCUCGGCUGGGAUCCCACCAAUAUUUUCAAGGUCGUGGGGGGAUAAUAAAGAUGUUGAGAAGGUUAGAAACUUCUUUACUAAGGAGCAGGGUUCAAUAUCAGUCACAGAAGCUAUCUGUCUCACACACAGGGUUGAUAUUGCAGAUGCGGCAAGGAAGGUAUUGCUCCAAGGGUUUAUUGAUAGCGUUGUCAGUUUAGAAUCAUUUUCAGAUGUAAACAGAACACUUCAGGAAGCUGAAUUCCGGAGAUUUGUAAAUGAAUAUGGAACUCAUUAUCAAACCACAAGCAAACUGGGGACAAGGAACACUUUUAAUAAGUAG